AUGCAAGACCCUCGAGUGGAUUCUUAUAUGGAACGUCACGAUUUAAAGAAAAUACUUAACGAACUCGAAGGUGGGCUGCAACGUCACCAGCCAAGCGAUCCCUUAGACUACAUGAUUGGUUGUGUAAGAUCGGUUCAACAAAUAAAGAGGGAGUCGAAGGAACCGCUUUCGUACUCGAAACUCUUUGAUGGAUAUGCCACUCAAGCUUACGACUCAACUAGUGUGGCUAGCAUUCAACGAGACGGUUCGACAACGCCUGGGCAUCUCACAGCAUAUAGAAAACGUCAAAGGUCUGAAGAGGACUCAUUUAUGGAAAUCAGAACGCCUCCUUAUUUCACUGAUCAACAUGUUCCUCAUCGGCUUUCUGAUGAAGAUUCACUUCAAUGGGGUCAAGGUUUACCUCCAUCGCCUCCGAAUCUUACUCCUCGUUUUAUUCGUAAUUAUUCAAGUUCCUUUGCAAGGCGAGGUCGUCGUAAUUCUGUCAGUGCCGAAUCAAUCAGACCUUCAGACGAUCCUAAUGAUCGUACGAUUCAUCCAAAAUCUGAAGAGGUGAGAAAACGUAUCAACGUUGCUACUACCUUGAACUUGCUUUUCAAGUAUUUGGAUCGUGAAACUAAAGAACAAGUAAUAGAUGCCAUGUUUGAAAAAAUCGUUCACAAAAACGAAACUAUUAUUACCCAAGGUGAAGAAGGUGAUAACUUUUACGUUAUCGAACAUGGCAUGUUUGAAAUUUUUGUCGAUGAUAAAUUAGUUCUGGUAGUCGCUGACGGUGGUAGUUUUGGUGAAUUGGCAUUAAUGUAUAAUAAUCCUAGAGCCGCUACUGUUAAGGCAAAAACUGAUGGUAUUUUAUGGGCUGUAAGCAGAGAUGACUUUAGGAAAACUAUUACAAAUGCUAUGAAUCGUCAACGAAAAACCUACGAAAGGUUUAUAAGUUCGGUUUCGUUCCUUUCUUCUUUAAAUAAAUCCGAAAUUACCAAACUUGCAGAAGCUUUAGAACCUUUCAAUUAUGAAGGUGGUGAUACGAUCAUCACUCAAGGCGAACCUGGUGAAUAUUUUUACAUCAUCGAACAAGGUUACGUGAGUGUAUGUAAAGUCGAAGAGAAUGGUAUCGAACAACAGUUACCAAACCUUGGUCCGGGAGAUUAUUUUGGGGUAGAACUCGCUCUCCUUAAUGAUCAACCUCGUAAAGCCACUGUUGUUGCACGUGGCCCUGUUCGAGUCGCCGCCCUAAAACGUGAAGCUUUCGUUCGUCUUUUGGGUUCUGUUAUGGAUAUUUUCCGUAGAAAUGCCCAAGGAUACAAUAUGAAUACUGAAAAUAAUAGUUAUUCUCAAUAUGAUAAAUCUUAUUCUCCUGUUCCCGAGCGUUCGGAUCCAACUUUAGGAGAAAAUAGCAUACAAAGUCACGGUAGUGGUGACGAAAAUAUGGCUGUGGAUGCUAUGGAUGAGGAUUAUACUUCACCUGCCUCUACCAAUUCAACACAUACCACUGUUAAAAAAUGUGGAUACAGUGGGGCUGGUGGUGUUGAU